CCCGCAGGAAGAGACUUUAGUUAAGGGGCGGAGAGCUCGACGAGACAGUAAGAAGAAAUGUGCUGCGCUUUUCGCUGUCACGAUUGAAAGCGGCGAGCCGGGGUUGUGCACAAAAUUACACACGAACCAAAAAUCUAUUCGGGAACAUUUAAACAUAAAUGAUGAAAAAGUUGUGUGAAAAUUCAAGACUCUGAAGCAAACCACAACGUGUGCUUAAACCACCUAACUCGUCUAAUGUUUUCUCCUGAUCAAGAAAAUCUUUCUUCAUCCACAAAAGCACCCAUUAAAUAUGGUGAAAUCAUUGUGCUAGGGUACAAUGGAUCUCUGCCAAAUGGAGACAGAGGACGAAGAAAAAGCAGAUUUGCUUUAUUCAAAAGACCAAAACCAAAUGGGGUGAAACCGAGCACAGUGCACGUCACCUGCACACCUCAAGCAGAGAAAGCAAUAAGCAACAAGGACCAACACAGUAUUUCAUAUACAUUGUCUCGAGCUCAGACAGUGGUGGUGGAAUAUACACAUGACAACAAUACGGAUAUGUUUCAGAUUGGCCGAUCAACUGAGAGUCCAAUUGAUUUUGUGGUGACUGACACUGUACCAGGAAGUCAAAGUAAUGCUGAUACUCAGUCUGCUCAAAGCACCAUAUCCAGAUUUGCAUGUCGCAUUAUAUGUGAAAGGAAUCUUCCCUACACUGCUAGGAUAUUUGCAGCUGGAUUUGACUCAUUUAAGAAUAUAUUCCUUGGGGAGAAGGCAGCUAAAUGGAAAACUUCUGAUGCUCAGAUGGAUGGUCUAACAACAAAUGGUGUACUCGUGAUGCAUCCGCGGCUUGGAUUUACCGAAGAUUCCAAACCAGGGGUCUGGAGAGAGAUAUCGGUUUGUGGCAAUGUCUUUACUUUGAGAGAAACAAGAUCAGCACAGCAACGAGGAAGAAUGGUUGAAAAUGAAACCAACGUUUUGCAGGAUGGUUCUUUAAUAGAUCUCUGUGGAGCAACAUUGCUUUGGCGCACAGCAGAAGGACUUGCACAUACUCCUACGGUGAAGCACCUGGAGGCCCUUCGCCAGGAGAUAAAUGCAGCCAGACCACAAUGCCCAGUUGGAUUUAACACUCUUGCAUUCCCCAGUAUGAAAAGGAAAGAUGUCGAUGAGAAGCAACCGUGGGUGUAUCUCAAUUGUGGACACGUGCAUGGUUAUCACAACUGGGGAAACAAGGAUGAAAGGGAUGGAAAAGAAAGAGAAUGCCCCAUGUGUCGAUCGCUAGGCCCGUACGUUCCUCUUUGGUUAGGGAGUGAGGCUGGAUUUUAUGUUGAUGCAGGACCUCCAACCCAUGCGUUCAGCCCUUGUGGACAUGUGUGCUCAGAAAAGACUACCACUUACUGGUCCCAAAUUCCCCUUCCUCAUGGCACGCACACUUUCCAUGCCGCCUGUCCUUUCUGCUCUACUCAGCUCACAGGGGAACAAGGAUAUGUUCGACUUAUUUUCCAGGGACCUCUUGAUUAAGGACGUGAUUUUAUUAACUGGUGGGUAAACUGAUAACAGAAAGACAUUUGAUAACUUUCAGAAUUAUAAGCUAGUUUUCUAUAUUGAAUUCCAUGGGUUUUGGAUUUGUCUGUUCUGGGACAUAACCUGAAUUAUGUAGUCCUUUGAGGAAAGUAACCUAAUUUUUUUGUGAUUUUUGCCUCUGAGACAGAGUUUUGAUAAGUUUUGCAUUUGUUAAAAGCAGGUAUUUUGAAAUACAAAACUUUCUUGCCCAAAUAGUUUAAAAAAAACGUCUUAUUUUGGACCUAUUGACAGAUACCAGGUACAAAAUUUAACACUUGUAGUUAGAAAUGUAAAACAAUUUCAGAUGAUUAAUCCUAGUUUGUAAAGGAGUGAAUCGAUCCAAUACAAUUUAACCUACUGCUACUAUUACUACAAAAAGGAUUUUUUGAUUCUGUGUAAUUAAUUUGUUUCAACACUAUUUGCAGAAAACUUUGAACUUUUAAGAUUAUGUCAUUUAUUAUGGUACUGUCCUCAAUCAUUGAAAUUGUCUUGCAGUGCUGCUUCUGGCCCUGUAUGAAGGAGUGAGUAGUUUGUCUCCCAUAGAAUAACUAUUUCUAAAGAACGUUGACAGGUUUCAAUUGCAAGUAAGGUCAGAAGGAUUUGAUCAUUGAGUAUAAAUGAGCUUGUAGAAAAUUUAGUUUCACUCAGAUCCUUGUGUAUUUUUGCUAAAUGUCAAUAGGCUCAAAGUAAGAAAAGAUAUAAAUUGGGUACAUUAAAUAUUUUGUAUUUCUUUGUUACAAAACAAUAUACCACUUCAGUUUCACAGCAUAAGAGUAGUUCUUUGCAUCUUAACUACAUUGAACAUUUUGUAACAGGGAAGCCCUUCUGCCAAAAUACUUUCUGGUGUGCUACUAACGUGAUGAGGUGCAUCACUGUUUAAGAAAAUGACACCAUCUUGAAUAUAUUUAAUUGUUUACACAAGUUCACCUGCUAAACUCUUGUUUAGCUCCAGUAAUUGAGGAUGUGUAAAGCUGGCUUAUUUUGCUGUAUAGCAGCUUAAGUUCUGUAGGACCUUUUGUACUAAAUUAUUGCCUGUAAUGUAUGUAGCUUUAGAAGUUUGUAGGGGUUUCUUAGCAUAUGUGGAAUGCUAACCUUAAGCCUAUUAUGUCUUGAUUUUUUUGUGAAGUAAUAUUAGAUAGCAAUGUUCAAACUGCUCUUUGAUUUUGAUAAUCUGAAUUGUACCCUGAGCAAUGAUCACUUGUCCCUUUUAAUUCAGUUUAUUGUAUAUAAUCUUGAACUAUUUUAUUAUGAAAGAAUCUAGAAAACAAAUUGGAUAUUGGUAUUAAAAAACUAAAUACUUUCAUAAUAGAGAGAUUGCUGAGUGAGAAAGUAAAAUGUGUCAAAUCUGAUCUGAUUUUUAAUUUUUUUUCAUUUUGACAUCCACUUCAUGCAUCUCCAAAUGCUUCAAGGGCAAAAAAAAGGUAACUAAAUGUGGCCUCAGUGUGCUGGUAUUCCAACAUUCAUGGCUCUGACUGUAUUACUGACAGUGCAUUAAACUCAGGAUUUAAAACAGUGAUUUAUUGCCAUUUCAUAAAUUCUGUUUGAGCAGAUACUAGAAUGGUGAUUAUUUUUUGUUUUGUAAAAUGAAUUUAAAAAAUACAAUUACAAUCGUGUUUAUUUGUUCCGUUGGAAAAUAAAACUGUUGGAUUUGGCUCUACUUUUGACUGCUCCUGCUAUCUUGAAGUCCAUCAAUAAUCUGCAAAGCAGAGUUAUUUUUGUAUUUAGAAUUAAUUAAACCGCAGGAUCUGUCUGAAUGGCUUCCUUGAGAGCAAAAAUUAGCUUUCCAAUUGUUCCAUGGUGCUUAAGCGAACCUUGAAGUUUGUCGCAAUUUAGUUUGGUACAAAUACAUGGUUCUGUGAGAAUGCAAUAGAAAACAUUAAUCUUGGAGCCAGGUAACUAAUAUCAAAUCUUACCCUUGUGUUUUGGCUGCUAAAUUGAAGCCAUGGUACAUGACCAUCAUGAUUUGGAGGCAAGGAGGUUAUCCCAAUACAGUGGAGAUAUUUUGUAGGCAGCUGUCAACAAAUGUAGUGGAAUCUUGUGUAGGAUGGGCUACAGGGGUGCAGAUGAUAAAGAAUUUUAUGCUGAUAAAUAUCAUUUUGUCAUCCAAGUUUACAUGGUGGUAGUUUCCACUGACUUUGAACAAACAAAGCAUUCUCAACUUUAUACCUAACUCUUUAACUUUGUACAUUGUUCAAACAAGAAUGAAAAUGGCACUGAGUUCAAAUGUUAGAUUUCUUAGUGUUAAGUGAUUGCUGAGAUAAAAUUUUGGGGUAUUAUUUGCCAUUGAUUUUCAUAGCUAUCCAUGAGAUUGGUGGUAAUGACGUAUGAAUAUUUUACAAGGUAUUCUGGAGUGACAUUAGAAAUAAGUUGGCAAGUGUCGGAUCACCAAAUAUGGAACUUGCAUUUAGCCAAUAUCUGUGGUUUUGAUCAUUUUUACUUUAUUCAGCAGAAUCAUUUUCACUUCCCUAUUAUUACACACAACUUCAUGUGCUUUGAUUGGAGACAGAAAUUUACACGCAUUUCCUUGAAGCUGGUACACAACUUAAAACUAAUGUACCAUUUGAUAGCUUUUCCAAAUAUUUUGCCUAAAAUUGUGAAUCUGAUCUCUUUGAACACCCAGUUCAUUCUUUCGAUUACUACCCUCCACUCUGAGCAAAGCAAAAAUUUUACAAAUCAUUUAAUGCAAUAUCAUUGAAUAGACUUAUUUAUUACUUAAGAUUAGGUUAAAGCUAAGAUACACUGCUGUUGGAAUGUAUGAUCUUAAAAGUGCUUUUCCAUGUCGCUGCUUGUGUUCCUUGAAUUUUUUUGCUGUAUUGGUAAAAUCUGGUGUUUUUCAGUUUCUGCAAAUUGUUUAUCCGAUAAAUCAGUCCAAUGAAGUUGGGCAUGCUAGAUAUCAUUAUCAUAGCUGAAAAGCAACACCUAGACAAGACACUAGCUGUCCAUCUGAUAUCAAGAAAAGCAGCUCCAAGUCACCAGAGGAAAGCAAUUCCAAUUGGUUGGAGAGCAGAGACUUGUCUGAUGUUCUUCAAGUUAAUGUUCUCUAUAGUCACUCAAAGAACUGCUGAAGAAACGUGGAGAUCCUGUUUGAAGAUGGCCUGUUCUUGCCUGAAAUUCCAAACUUCAAAUGGAUGUUUUGUGCUGUAUGUGGUUUCCUUGGUUAUUGGUCUGUUUCUGUAGACACAAGGAGGAAUACACCUGUAUUGUGUGUAAGAUUUUUUUUAUUAAAAUGAAUGUUUAUGGUUUAAUUGAUGUCAUUAUUGCCACAGCUAUCUCUGCUAGCCAAGGGACCUGUCUCAUCGGGUUCUAUUGUAAUCUUGCUUGAGUAUCCUAUUCAGUCAAAGAUUCAGACAAUAUUCAGUUUCUAAAAGAUUCAAAGCACCGUUGAAGACAUUCUACCAAAAUACA